AUGACAAUCACUACUGCUGAUCAUACUAUGUUUGAAAAGUUCAAACUAGCUCAGGUUCAUCAAUGCUGCGAACAGCUAAACUCUGAGCUUCCUCCUGUUGCUUACCAGAUCAUCACUAUGACUGAUUCACUGUUUAUCUGGGUUGGUCAAGGUGAUGAUGCUGUCAACUCUACUAGCCAUUCACAAGAUCAACAACAAUCUGCUGUUGAGACAGGCAGGCUUGAGCAACUGGCUGUAGCCAUGCUUCAUGGCUCGCAAACUAUUUCUUCAACGCUUCUUUGUCCAACUCUGGAAGGCCAUAGUGAAAAUAUUGCCAAGAGACUAGCAAGCAGAUUCAAAAUGCAAGUAUUCAUGAGUAUGGGUCUUGGAAUAAUGUAUGAGCAAACACUGCCAUUGAUUGAGCGUAGAUUACAUGUGCUUCUUAGAGAAGCAAUCGACUCGUCCGCUUCAGGCUCUGUAUCCAUUCAAGACACUCAGCAUCACUCUUUGGCUGCAAAGUCUGAAAGUGAUCAUGCCAAAACCUUGACAACUUCAGAAACUACAACUGUAUCUAGAUGA